CGCGGUGGGGACGGCGGGAUCGCGGGUGUCGGGGGUGCGUGGGGUCCGCUCGGUGCCGGGAAGGGCGGGCAGGGGCUGGGGGGGACAGCGACACGGGCAGUGACAGGGUCCCGCCGGUGGCGGGCCGGGGGUGUAGCCGGGCUGUCCGCGGGGACGGGGCGCCCGGGCACCGGGGGCAGCCGCGGAUCCCGGGCGGGCAGCGGGCGGCUCCCGCUGGGCAGGGCCCGGCCUCGGCCCCAAAACAUCCGGCUGGGCCGGCUCGGCGCUGCCUCGCCCCGCGCUGCCGUGUCCUGCCCGUGUCCUGCCCGUGUCCUGCCCGUGUCCUGCCCGUGUCCCGCCCGGCUCCUGCCCGGCUCCCCUCCUUGCCAUGCGUCCCCUCCCUGCCGUGGGUCCCCUCCUUGCCAUGUGUCCCCUCCCUGCCGUGCGUCCCCUGCCCGCUGCUCCCCCCUGCGCGCCCCUGACCGCGAGUUCCCUCCCGCAGGAGAUGGAGCUGGAGCCCCGGGGAAACGGCCUGGAGCCGGUGGGACACUACGAAGAGAUCGAGAUCUCCGAGAGCAGCGUCAACAACGGCCCCGAGCACAUCGGCCCCCACUGCUUCGAGCUGCUCCGCGUCCUGGGCAAGGGCGGCUACGGCAAGGUGUUCCAGGUGCGCAAAGUGCAGGGCACCAACACGGGCAAGAUCUUCGCCAUGAAGGUCCUGAAGAAGGCCAAGAUCGCCUGCAACGCCAAGGACACGGCGCACACCCGGGCCGAGAGGAACAUCCUGGAGGCCGUCAAGCACCCCUUCAUCGUGGACCUCAUCUACGCCUUCCAGACGGGCGGCAAGCUCUACCUCAUCCUGGAGUGCCUCAGCGGUGGAGAGCUCUUCAUGCAGCUGGAGCGGGAAGGGAUCUUCCUGGAGGACACUGCCUGUUUCUACCUGAGUGAGAUUACGCUGGCACUGGGUCACCUGCAUUCCCACGGGAUCAUCUACCGGGACCUCAAGCCAGAGAAUAUCAUGCUCAACAGCCAAGGCCACAUCAAGCUGACGGACUUCGGGCUGUGCAAGGAGUCCAUCCACGACGGAGCCGUCACCCACACCUUCUGCGGCACCAUCGAGUACAUGGCCCCCGAGAUCCUGGUGCGGAGCGGGCACAACCGGGCGGUGGACUGGUGGAGCCUGGGCGCCCUGAUGUACGACAUGCUCACCGGAUCGCCGCCGUUCACCGCCGAGAACCGCAAGAAGACCAUCGACAAGAUCCUCAAGGGCAAGCUGGUGCUGCCGCCCUACCUGACACCCGACGCCCGUGACCUCCUCAAGAAGUUCCUCAAGCGGAACCCCAGCCAGAGGGUUGGGGGCGGCCCCGGUGACGCGGCCGAUGUGCAGAAACAGCCUUUCUUCCGCCACAUCAACUGGGAGGACCUGCUGGCGCGCAGGCUGGACCCCCCCUUCAAGCCCUGCCUGUCGGAGGAGGACGUGAGCCAGUUCGACACGCGCUUCACCCGCCAGACCCCCGUGGACAGCCCCGACGACGCGGCCAUCAGCGAGAGCGCCAACCAGGCCUUCCUGGGCUUCACCUACGUGGCCCCCUCCGUGCUGGAGAGCAUCAAGGAGGGGUUCUCCUUCCAGCCCAAGGUGCGCUCCCCCCGCCGCCUCAACAGCAGCCCCCGCACCCCCGUCAGCCCUGUGAAGUUCUCCCCGUUCGAGGCGUUCAAGCCGGUGGCUCCAGGCGACCCCAUGGAGCUGGGGCCCCCCCAGGCCCCCCCACCCGAGGGCACGGCCCCCCUGCCCAUCAAACCCUCGGGGGGGGCCAAGAAGCAGAAGGGGGGCCGGGGGCGGGUGCCCAGGUAGGGGUGGGGAGGGUGGGGG